UAUUCGAACACCGCUCCCUUUCUCUCUUUCCGGCGCUUGCUCACUCACGCAUAACUUCGCCCUUCUUCCUCGCUGCGGUACCGGCUUCCGACGUCGGAGCAGAUCCUUCUUUGUUCUAUGAAUGGUUGCGGUGGAAAUAAUGAAGACGUCGAUCUUGUGAUGGAGAAAUUGGAGGACCCAGUUGUGUUUCGGACGAAAUCGUUGCCUGUCAUCAAAAUUUGUAACGUCAUGAAAGAUAUUUCCUUGAUUCGUGAUGCAUAUUUUUCCGUAAUCAAGCAGGGCCUUAACCAGCCUUAACGAUGAACUUGUUGUUGAAUAAUUCUAAACCAGCAAGGAUAAAAUGUGGAUGCAGUGCUGUUUAAUUUGGAAUACCCGGUGCCACUGUGUUCCAUCGAUGGGGAGCCGCAGCCAAAGCAGAAGCAGCAGCAAGAGGCGGAGGAGGAGGAGUCGCAGGUCCGAUGACUCCGAGUCAGAAGCAGAGUCUGAUUCCAGGACAGAAAGUGGCGAUGAUUCAUCCCCACGUGAGAGGAGAAGUAGCAGCAACCGACAGAGGCAGCGAGAGCGAAAAUCAUCCUCUGAAGAGGGUUCUAGCAGUGAGGAUGAUCGACGGCGGGGGAAGCGAAGAUCGAGAGCCGUCACAGAGGAGGAGAUUGCAGAGUAUCUGGCCAAGAAGGCGCAAAAAAAGGCGAUGAGGGUGGCUAAGAAAUUAAAGGCACAGACCGUCUCUGGUUAUUCAAAUGAUUCAAAUCCGUUUGGAGAUACCAAUUUGAAUGAGAAGUUUGUGUGGCGAAAGAAGAUUGAACGGGAUGUUGCCCAGGGUAUGCCCUUGGAUACAUUGUCUGCCAAAGCGGAAAAGAAGAAGCAGAGAGAAAGAAUGGCAGAAAUAGAGAAGGUUAAGAAAAGGAGGGAGGAAAGAGCAAUUGAGAAAGCAAGACAUGAGGAAGAAAUGGCUAUGUUAAAUAGAGAACGUGCUAGGGCAGAGUUCCAGGAUUGGGAGAAGAAAGAGGAAGAGUUCCAUUUUGAUCAAAGUAAAACCAGGUCAGAGAUUAGACUGCGUGAAGGCCGGACACGACCUAUUGACAUUCUCUCAAAAUACCUGAACGAGUCAAGUGAUUCAGAUAUCGAGAUUAAUGAACCGUACAUGGUCUUCAAGGGUUUAACAGUAAAAGAAAUGGAAGAGCUCCACGAUGACAUCAAAAUGUACCUGGACUUGGAUACAGCAACACCAACUCAUCUUGAGUUUUGGAAGGCAUUAAUGGUGAUUUGUGAUUGGGAGUUGGGUGAGGCUCGUAAAAGGGAUGCACUUGAUCGGGCAAGGGUUCGUGGCGAGGAACCACCAGCUGAGCUGCAUGCUGAAGAAAGAGGCUUGCAUUCAAGUAUUGAGGCUGAAGUUAGGACUUUAUUGGAGGGUAAAACUUAUAAUGAAUUGGAGAAGCUACGUUGUGACAUUGAAUUAGGGAUGCAUGAGGGGACUGCAAAAGUUGUUGAGUAUUGGGAGGCUGUUCUGAAACGGUUAGAGAUGUUCAAGGCCAAGGCGUGCUUGAAGGAAAUUCAUGCUAAUUUGUUAAGAAAACAUUUAGAACGACUCGAAACAAAUUCUCCAGAACAGCACUUGGAAGAGGAAGUGGAUAUCAAGAAUGCAGAGGAGAUGGAACAGGAUUUAGAGGAACCUCUUGCUUAUUCUCCUGAGCUGAGGGCUGAUGAGCCGACUAAUGAAUUGGAAGAAGACAUCGGUUCAUAUUCACCCGAGUUAUUGCAUGGUGAAGAAGAUGAUGAAGGAAUUAAUCCUGAACAUGAUAGGGCUGAACUGGAAAAAAAGCGUGUGGCUGUACUGCAAGAACAUAGGAAGCGACUUCAAGAAGCAGUGGCUGCUGCACGGCCUGCUUUGGCUGAUGAAAGCAUGGAUUUCACAAAUCAAGCAAGGGCGAUUGCUCUGAAAGCAAUGGGAGCCAUGGAAGAGGGUGAUGCUGUCUUUGGUUCUGGUGCAGAAGUUAACCUUGAUUCACAGGUGUAUUGGUGGCAUGACAAAUACCGACCAAGAAAGCCAAAAUAUUUCAACCGAGUGCAUACUGGAUACGAGUGGAACAAAUACAAUCAGACGCACUAUGAUCAUGAUAAUCCUCCUCCAAAGAUUGUGCAGGGUUAUAAAUUCAACAUAUUCUACCCCGACCUUGUUGACAAAACAAAGGCUCCUGAGUAUAAGAUCGAAAAGGAUGACAGCAAUGGAGAGACAUGUCUUAUAAGAUUUCAUGCAGGGCCUCCUUACGAAGACAUCGCUUUCCGGAUUGUGAACAAGGAGUGGGAGUACUCGCACAAAAAGGGCUACAAGUGCACUUUUGAACGUGGCAUCCUACAUGUUUACUUUAACUUCAAGCGCUAUAGAUACCGCCGGUGAUGUUGGAAUUCUUGAAUUUGCUCUGUUGCAUGUACAAUCGCUGAACUAAAGCAUGGAAAAAAAAUUGUGAUUUUCAUAUCAAGGGACAGAGGAAUUAGGACCUUUCUCUCAAUGUGCUCCUCUCCACUGCUUGAGAGCAUGGAAUUUCAUUAGGUUUGGCUCAUCUUUGGAGUCAUGUAUUCGGGAAAAUAGUCUAUCAGAGUGAGUCUGAAUCAGCCCUACGCUUUGCGAGUGCGUGCUUUCUUAGUAGAUGGAAAUGUAGCAGAAAAAAAUUAAGAUGGAAAUGUAACAGAAAAAAAUUAACAAUGACGCAAUCUUUUUUU